CAACACGCUGCUCUCUUCCUGCGAUCCUUUCGGUAUGUAGAGAGACAGAGGUAGGCGCCAGCGAGAGAGCGCGUGUGGUUUAGAGAAUGGCUAUGCAUAUGACAAGGAUUCAGGGAUUGUUGCCCUCAUCUUUUCUGCUCCCUAGACUACUUGCAGGAGGAAGAGGAGGACCUUCCUCCAGACUCAUUGGUGCUUCUCACUUCGCUUCUCUCUCUAGCCCACGCCCAAUCCCAAGUAGUCACUUUAAAUUCUCUCCUUUGUUCGCAGGAGCCCUUUCCUUGGGUUUUGCUGGUGCUUUUUCUCUCUUGAAUGAUGCUGAGGCCAAGGAACGCCCUUCGCCAGAGCUCGUUCCCCAUAACGUGGUCCUCUAUCAGUACGAGGCUUGCCCUUUCUGCAACAAGGUCAAAGUUGCUUCCCUUUGUUCAAAUCUUGAAAGCGAUUCGUCUGUUGGCUCUGUUCACAACUUUGUUUUAAAGACUUCGACAUGCGAAAAUGAGAAUUGGGCCUUUCUCGAUUAUCAUGAUAUAGCAUACAAAGUUGUGGAAGUCAAUCCCCUUAGCAAAAAGCAGAUCAAAUGGUCAGAUUACAAGAAAGUUCCCAUUUUGACAGUGGACGGUGAACCACUGGUUGGUUCAUCAGAUAUUGUUGACCACUUACGCAAGAGAAUUCAUCCCAACACACCAGUUCUUGAAGAUUAUGCUGACAGUGAGGAGAAGAAAUGGUGUAGGUGGGUUGAUGAUCACUUGGUGCAUGUCCUAUCACCAAAUAUUUACAGGAGCACUUCUGAGGCACUUGAGUCAUUUGACUAUAUCACAGAACACAGUAAUUUCACUAGUACAGAGAGGUGGACAGUGAAGUAUGCUGGAGCAGCAGCCAUGUACCUCGUCUCGAAGAGGCUGAAGAAGAGGCACAAUAUCACUGAUGAACGUGCUGCACUGUAUGAAGCUGCAGAAACAUGGGUUGAGGCUCUUAAUGGGAGGGAUUUCCUUGGGGGCUCCAAGCCUAACUCAGCAGACUUGGCAGUCUUUGGUGUUUUAAGACCUAUUCGGUAUCUCAGAUCUGGCCGAGAUAUGAUUGAAAACACGUGCAUUGGAGAGUGGUACAUGAGAAUGGAAUUAGUUGUUGGAGAAUCUGCGAGAAUCAAAGUUUAAGAAACAUUUUGAGUUCUGUUACUUAUAGAGUUUGGUCUUUGCUUUUUAUUUUCAGCUAUUAAUUUGCCAUCUGUGCAUUCAUUGAUUGAACAUAAUUCUAUAACCGUUAUCAGUUAUGCAAAGAUGACAGGAUUAAAAGCCGAGAAAUGUGCAAUAUUAAGAGCCUCUCUAAUGAGGAGAAGUUGAUGUGGGAUAUUGGUGUGCACUGAUGAAGAAGUUGCUGGUAUCUCUUCGCUCAAAAAUUUUUAUCAUCUUGGAAAUUACAAGAACUUCCACGUUGCACAUGUUGCUCUCUCUUUUUUCCUGAAAAGAAGUUCAAUUGUGCGUGGAAGUGUAUUCUGACUGUAUCUCCAGCAAGACUUGGGGCUUUUCAAUAAUUCAGUGUGCAGUAUCACAGAAUUUUUUUAACGGCAACUGAAAUCUGUAGCGUCAUGAUGAUGCAAUUAUCUUGGAUUCUUUGACAAGUUUCACUAUAUUUUUAUGGGAAAAGUUUAUACAGAGCCAAGACUAUAAACAAUCAAA